GCCCACUUUCAGGGUCUGGGGGGACAGACUGAUGUGCGUCUUCUAGAGCCACGCGGAGCCGCAGCCCAGGCAGCUUCCCCUCUCCAACUUUCUCCCCGCCCCCACGCCCCCUCGGACCCUGCCCUCCACCCUCCCCAAAGCCGCUCCGGGUGCGUGCGCUGGGGUGAGCGGGUCACCGGCUGGCCGUCCGGGAUGGCUUCCAAUUUUAAUGACAUAGUGAAGCAAGGGUACGUGAGGAUCCGGAGCAGGCGCCUGGGGAUUUAUCAGCGAUGCUGGUUAGUAUUCAAGAAGGCCUCCAGCAAAGGCCCCAAGAGACUGGAGAAAUUUUCUGACGAACGCGCUGCAUAUUUUAGGUGUUACCAUAAGGUGACAGAACUCAACAAUGUGAAGAACGUAGCUCGAUUGCCCAAGAGCACCAAGAAGCACGCCAUCGGGAUUUAUUUCACUGACGACACCUCCAAGACCUUUGCUUGUGAAUCAGAUCUCGAGGCUGAUGAGUGGUGCAAGGUGCUCCAGAUGGAGUGCGUGGGGACGCGGAUCAACGACAUCAGCCUCGGGGAGCCCGACCUGUUGGCGACUGGGGUUGAGAGAGAGCAGAGUGAGAGAUUCAAUGUGUAUUUGAUGCCAUCUCCUAACUUAGAUGUACAUGGCGAAUGUGCCUUGCAGAUUACAUAUGAGCACAUCUGCCUUUGGGACGUCCAGAAUCCCAGAGUCAAACUCAUCUCUUGGCCGCUAAGCGCCCUGCGGCGGUACGGGCGGGAUGCUGCUUGGUUCACUUUUGAGGCAGGGAGGAUGUGUGAGACUGGCGAGGGGCUGUUUAUCUUCCAGACGCGAGACGGGGAGGCCAUCUACCAGAAGGUGCACUCUGCCGCGCUGGCCAUCGCCGAGCAGCACGAGCGCCUGCUGCAGAGCGUGAAAAACUCCAUGCUGCAGAUGAAGAUGAGCGAGCGGGCCGCCUCGCUGAGCACCAUGGUGCCCCUGCCCCGCAGCGCCUACUGGCAGCACAUCACCCGGCAGCACAGCACGGGCCAGCUCUACCGCCUGCAGGAUGUCGCCAGUCCUCUGAAGCUUCAUCGGACAGAGACCUUCCCCGCCUACCGCCCCGAGCACUGACAGCGACUGCCCAGCACGUGAGUGACACGCGUGGGAGGCGUCCGCACGGAUCCACCGGAGGUCACGGGACGGCGGCGAGAAGGAUGAAGGAAGCUCCGGGUCCUGCCUAGUCGUGUGGUCACUGGGAAACUGCAAUACUAUCCUUGUCUUUCUUUCUCUCUUUCUUUCCCCUUGGUUCUUUCCUUUUGUAAAAAAAAAAAAAUCAAGCCCCCUUAGCGUAAUUGAAACAUGCUCUACAGAUACCGACUUCUUUUACAGCCGGAAAGAAAGGAGUCAACCCACACGUGAUUUUCUAUGGUCGAUCCCUGUCCCCUGCACUUCUCAGUCCUUUUGUGGUCCUUGUGAUUUCCCCUCUGCGUGUCAGGUGUGUCACAGUCGGCACUGACAAUAAAAUGCCCUCCGUUAUUUGUUA